GUCGUGACGUCAGCGCGCCCGUGCGCCGUCUCCAUGACAGCGGGAAAGCGGGCGAGAGCCGGGAGAGGCGCCGGAGGAGGAGGAGGCGGUCUCCCCCGAGCAAGAUGUACCGUAAGGAGAAGAGCAUCUUGCUGAAGGACAGCAGCCUGGCGCUCUACAACAACCUGAGCGUCCUGCCCCUGCCAGCCAAGCAGCUCACCUACUUUGCCAGUGUGCAUGGGAGCACCGUCAACAUGGUGAGCGCCUCCGACGACGGCCUCAGCUUCUCCCACCGCCAGCUGCAGGCCAAGGAGGGCAGCCUGGGCAUCGGGGCCUCCAUCAUCACCCAGGCUGCCUGGUGUGUCCUCCCUUCCCGGGUCCUCUUGGUUCUGACUUCACGGAAGGGGAUCCAGAUGUACGAGUCGGACGGGUCCAUCAUGGUCUACUGGCAUGCCCUGGAGGGCUUGGAGUCACCUCCAGGGAAGGCCGUGUUAGCUCGUGGGAUCGCGGCAACUGGACAGCGCUUUGUUUGCGUAGGGACGUCCCUGGGGUCUGUCCUCGUCUUCGACGUCCCCGCCAAAGGCACCAACAUCACGCUGAGCGAAGUCCUUGAGAGGCACUGCGACUCCAUCACCGACAUUGGCGCCGAGCUGUGCGAGCAGCCGGAAGGAGUGCCUGAUUUGGUGACGGCCGAUGACUCUGGAGCCUUGUGUGUCUGGUUUUCCGGAGAGAAGUUCACACUGGCCAACAAGAUCCCAGCUUCUGAGUGCACCUGCUCCUCAGUCAAGCUGUGGAACGGCAUCAUCGCGGCUGGUUAUGGCAACGGGCACAUUCGCCUGUAUGAGGCAGCAAGCGGGAUCCUGCGAGCGGAAGUCCGUGCUCAUGCCCGCUGGAUCUAUGCCCUGGACCUGGCACCCCUCUCGGGGAAGCUCCUGUCGGCAGCGGAGGACUCCUUUGUGCAAGUCUGGAAACUGAGCCCCAGCCAGGACACGGAGGGCAUUGAGAUUCAGCACUGCCACGCGGAAUGCGUGACUGACACCAUGAUCUGUGGCGCCCGCUUCUGCAACCCUGAGGGCAGCGCCUUUGCGGUCACCGGCUUCGAGCUCAGCGAGAUAAUCCACUAUGUCCUGGCAUAGCCCUGCAGGAGAGGAGGGGACCAUCUGGAGGCAGGCCUGGAGGGGGGGCGGGGGUGGGAUGGAUGAAACAGGCUCUCUGGGCAUCCUGCAGAGAGGGGGCUCAGGGAACAAGCAUCAGGGGCCCAACUUGUCUCCUCCUUUUAGGGCCACAGCCCCCCAAACACUCCCUUCCACUGUCUGCAUUCCGGGCAAGGCAGGGAGCACAAAUCCUCAUGUGGAACCCCACCCCCCCACUUGCUCUCAACCUCAUGCUGUUCAAAGCCCCAAGGAGCUGCUGUCUCUGCCUCCCCCUCCCCCCCCCCCCCCGCUGACCACUUACUCUGGCUCCAGAACCCGGGACACCACCAUCAUCCUUGCCCAGCGAUGGGGGAGAAGAACCGAGAAUAUUUCCCAGGGCCCUCAUACUCACGGACCCAAGGGACCUGAAGGGGGAGAGAGAAGAAACUGUGCAAGCUGGAAGGAGGAUUGCUCACACCCCACACCUCAUAUUCUCCUCCUCCUCCUCCUAUUAGAAAGGCACUUGUCAAGGGGGCUUGGCCCCAACCAGGCUGGUAAAAGUGGGCAGCUGUCCCUGACGGAAGUGAUCUCCUAUCGCCCAGACCCUCGGAGUGCUGGGAUCCAGGCUGAAGUGGCUCCUGGCCCAGAGGGGGCAAAUUCUGAUGCAGGCCUCCCCCCCCCCAGGCCUGGCCCUUCUACAGCUUCUCUCCCGGAUGCAAAGGGCCAUGUGCUGGUGGGAGUCCCUGGCCUUGCCCCCCCCCUCUUGCCUGGGGUCCUGCUGUUCUCUGCCUCCCACCAGGAGAGGCUAGACAGGAGGGUUUGCCUACCAAUGGUCACAUUUAUUUUUUUACAUAUAGUGUAAAAAAUAUUUUAGCAAGAAACAGAAAGUUAAGGAGAAGCUGAGCAAGAGUUCUUCAAACCAACCAUGCGGGGGGCAGGGAGUCAUGUUAGGUGGUUUCUAGUGCCAGGUGAAGAGGAUCAGCCCAGCAACAGGAGCCUCGGACGACAGGACUAAUUCCCCUCUCCUCCUGGCACUCUGAUCACUAGCCAGCUGCCAGGAGGGGGCAUGCAGCCCUUGGCCCUCCCCAGGGGGCUGGACUCCACAUCCCACCCCGGUCCUCCCCUGGCCCAAGAGCAGCGAGAAGCCCCCAGGAGGGGCUCCCGUGGGUGCAAGUCAGGUCGCAAAUGUGGUGUUGCUCACAAGAGUUCUGUGUUCAGAGUUUCCGCCGUUUCUGUCUACGAGCUGAACUGUGUUUUGCUAGAUGAAUAAAGAUGUUCACUGCUA